AUGAUAUUUCUCCUAUUCAAUUUCAUUUUUUGUGUAAAUACGAGCAUCAUUGCAAAAGCCUAUCAUGAUAAGAUUUUAUUAAUAGAUGCAAGUGGCUCUUCAAGGCAAAGAAUUAAUGGCACAAAGCAGGUAACAAAACCAGAAUAUGCAAUUUAUCCAUGGGAUAAAAACUAUGAUUGGUGCUCAAAUUGUGGAAGAACUAAAGAAGAAUAUCCGUUCAUAACAUUUUCUCUUCAAGAUAGAAGAAUGAUUUUUGAUAGAUAUUUUAUUCGCUGCGGAUGCUGCUAUAAGAGUGAUUGUUGUUGUGACACAGAUUAUUAUGACUAUUGUGUUGAUUGUUGCCUUUAUUCCUGGGCACUUCAGAUUUCAGAUGACAAUGUUGAAUGGAAAGAAGUUCAUAGGGUAGAAAAAGAAAGAGGAAUGAGGAGAUGUAAUGAGAAAUCAUAUAAAUUAGAUAAGUCAUAUAAUGCUAAAUAUGUUAAACUUGUUCAAAUUCAACCUUGCCUCGGAUAUCCCCCUUGUAUGUCUAUUAAUAGGAUUGAUUUUUAUGGAGAUAUUAUUGGUGGAGAUGAUUUGCAUCAACAGAUCGAAGGUGAAGAUUUCAUUCCAGUCCGAGAUGAUGAUGAAGACGUAAGUAUUAUUGGGCAUAUAUCGAAAAAUGUCAAAGUUAACUAA